GCUAUCCCGCUAGUAAUUGCGUGAGGAUUCGCGCCUUGUAAAGGCUUGAGGGUGAGGUGGAGUGAAAGAGAGGCAGAGAGAGAGAGAGAGACCCCUUUCCGUCCCAGAAGUCGCUCCCGUGAGAAUUGAUGCCUUUGUUCUGAUCUGGGUCUUCUUUUCCUAUCCGAGACUCGAAGCUUGAACCGACUCAGCCGUCGAGAUGAGCAUGAACGGCGGAUCCCACCCCAGGCUCAACACCUUGGGCGUGGGGAGGAUGAUCAGAGCCGAGUCCGGCCCGGAUAUGCGCUAUGAAAUGAACUCCCAUAUGAUGAUGGGGGGCGGCGGCGGCGGCGGAGGAGGAGGAGGAGGAGGAGGAGGGGGAAGCAGCCAUACCCAUAAAAUGUAUUACGUCCAGAAAAGCUACGGAGGGGACAUCAGCUCGGAAGGAUAUACUCAAAAUGGAACCUGUACGAUAUCCAGGCGUCAGAACACCAUUCAGGAACUUUUGCAAAAUUGUUCAGAAUGCCUCAUGCGUGCCGAACUCAUAGUGCAGCCUGAACUGAAGUAUGGGGAUGGUAUCCAGAUUAGCAGGAACCGAGAGCUGGAGGAUUGCUUUGGUCAGGCAAAUGAGUAUAUGGACAUCCUCGAUGGGAUGAUCAGAGAGAUGAGACAAAUGGGGCAGCCAUGUGAUCUGUACCAGAAAAGAUUACUUCAGCUUCAAGAGCAGAUGCGUGCUCUCUACAAAGCCAUCAGUGUACCCCGUGUCCGUAGGGCUAGCUCCAAAGGUUGUACAUCACAGAGCGCUUCGGGAUGGGAUGAAUUCACCAGACACUGUACCAGUGAAUGUCUGAACUGGAUGAGGCAGCAGAAGUGUGAAAUGGAGUUAGUAAAAUGGGGACUUGAUGCGGCAGCCAUUGAACAACAAAUUGCUGACCACCGGAGACGUCAUAAUUCCAUCGGUGACUAUCGCUGGCACUUGGACAAAGUCAAAACCGACCUGCGUGAGAAGGCAGCUGUUCAUCAGCUGGAGGAGGAAUAUGAACAUCUACUGAGAUUCUCCUUUGAAAGAAUGGAUCAGCUGCGCCAGCUGCAAAACAUCAUCCAAGCAACUAGCAGAGAAAUCAUGUGGAUUAAUGACUGUGAGGAAGAGGAGCUUCUCUAUGACUGGAGUGACAGGAACACUGACAUUGCGAGGAAGCAGGAGGCCUUCUCUAAACGCAUGAGCCAGCUGGAAGUUAAGGAAAAAGAACUCAACAAGCUUAAGCAAGAAUGUGACCAAUUGGUGCUCAGUCAGCACCCUGCUUCAGACAAAAUUGAGGCCUACAUGGACACACUGCAGACUCAGUGGAGCUGGAUUCUCCAGAUCACCAAGUGCAUUGAUGUUCAUCUCAAGGAGAAUGCUGCAUACUUUCAGUUUUUUGAGGAAGCCCAGUCUACUGAGAGCUACUUGAAGAAUCUACAGGAUACCAUCAGGAAAAAGUUCAUCUGUGAUAAAAACAUGUGCCUGCAAGUCCUCCUGGAGCAUAUCAAAGAAUUAGAGACUGAACGAGAGAAAAUUCUGGAAUACAAGAGGCAGGUGCAAAAUUUGGUGAAUAAGUCUAAGAAAAUAGUGCAGCUAAAGCCACGCAACCCUGAUUACAGGAGCAAUAAGCCCAUCAUCCUCCGGGCUCUGUGUGAUUACAAACAAGACCUGAAAACGAUACGCAAAGGAGAUGAGUGCAUUUUGAAAGACAACACUGAACGCAGCAAGUGGCAUGUGACCGGACCAGGAGGAGUGGAUAUGCUGGUGCCAUCUGUCAGUCUCAUUAUUCCUCCCCCUAAUCCAUUGGCUGUGGAUCUGGCAACCAAGAUUGAACAAUACUAUGAUGCUAUUAUGGCUCUGUGGAAUCAGCUCUACAUCAACAUGAAGAGCCUGGUGUCUUGGCAUUACUGCUUGAUUGACAUUGAAAAAAUCAAGGCUAUGACUAUUGCUAAGCUGAAGACAAUGCGUAGAGAAGAUUAUCAAAAGGUAAUUGCUGACCUGGAGAUCCAUUAUCAAGAAUUCCUCAGGCACAGCCAAGGCUCAGAGAUGUUUGGUCCUGAUGAUAAGAUGAAUAUCCAGACUCAGUUCUCGGAUGCCCAGAAACACUACCAGACUUUGGUCAUCCAGCUGCCUUGCGGACAACGUCAACAGCCCCCACCUGAACAAGUUGUGACGAAUGAGGUCAUUGGUCUGGGCCAAUGCAAAACUCCAGAUCGGAACCGGGAGCAGGAGAAGCUGGAGGCCUGGUUGCUCAUGGAACUCCAGAAGCUUCGGCGCCAAAUCGAAUGCUGUGAGCUCCGGAUGGUGAACAGAACCCCCCUCCAGCUGGAUCAAGGGGCCUCUCACAACCUGUCAAUCAGAAUCAGUGAAUUAGAGGGUGUACAAUGUGAAUCCCAGACACUGGCAGAGGCUCUCAAUGGGCAGAAAGAUUAUCUUCCCAAAUUUAGAGGCUCCGAAAAGUAUAACUAUUUGCACUCCGAAAUCAGUGCUUUGUUUCAGAAACUGGAAAAUAUUAAUGGUGUCUCUGCUGGUUAUUUGGACAGCUUGAAUGCACUGAGAUCACUGCUUCAGGCAAUUCUCCAAGCAGAUGAUGUGAUCCGAGUGUUCGAAGUCAGACUCACGGAAGAAGAUACUCUUUCCUUGGACCCAGAUAAAGUGGAAGCCUACCGAGCCUGCCUGAAGAAAAUGAGAGCAGACCUUACUAUGAAGAAGUCACUGCUCUGUACCUUGGAAGCAGAGCAGCAGAGGGCCCUCCAGAUUCAUUCACAAUCUUGCCAGACGUACCCUCUCUAUGAUUUAGAUCUUGGAAAGUACAAUGACAAAGUCAGCCAGCUAAAUGACCGUUGGCAACGGGUGGAGAAACAGAUAGAUGACAGGACUUGGGAUUUAGAAAAACAGGUGAAGCAGCUGAGAACCUAUCGAGACCUUUACCAGGCUCUGAAUAAAUGGAUCUGUGAUGCCAGGUGCCGGCAGGACACUAUUGAGACCAUGAAGUUGGGAGACGUUAACACAGUCAUGAGAUACUUGCAGGAGCAAAAGAACUUGCAUUGUGAAAUAACAGGCAAACGAGACAGAGUGGAAGAGGUAAUCAAGAAUGCAGAGGUGUGCUCAGCUGCAAUCAAGGAUUAUGAACUCCAGGCUGCGGCCUACAGUUCAGGACUAGAAACGUUACUGAACAUUCCUAUCAAGCGGAGCGUGGUCCAGUCUCCUUCAGGACUAAUUCUGCAAGAGGCUGCAGAGAUUCAAUCUCGAUACAUUGAGCUUCUUACAAGAUCAGGAGAUUAUUACAAAUUCUUGAGUGAAAUGCUAAAGAGCUUGGAAGAGUUAAAGAUGAAAAGCACCAAAAUAGAUGUAUUGGAAGAAGAGCUGAGACGGACCAGAGAUGCCAAUUCUGACAACAGCAACAAGCAUAAAUUCCUGGAGCAAAACCUGCAGAAGUACCAGCUGGAAAUUUCCCAGCUGAAAGCCAAAUUAAUGGGCUUGGAAGAAAUGAAGAGACAAACUGAGAUGGAUGGCUGUUCUGCCAAGCAAAACCUGGACAAAUGCUAUGCUCAAAUAAAAGAUCUGAAUGACAGGAUAACAAGACUGACUUAUGAAAUUGAAGAUGAGAAGAGGAAAAGGAAGCUGCUGGAAGACAGAUAUGACCAGCAGAAGACAGACUUGGACCAACUGCAGAAGACGAGACAGAAUGAGAAAGAGAGCCUUGGUUGGCAAAAGAUAGAAUCUGAAAAAGUCAUCAAGGAGAAGGAGUACGAAAUAGAAAGGUUAAGGAUUCUUCUCCAGGAUGAGGGGACGCGGAAGAGGGAGUGUGAAAAUGAGCUGGCUAAGGUAAGAAACCAGUAUAGUGAGGAGAUGAGUAAUAUAAAGAACAAGUAUGAAACCGAGAUUAACAUUAAGAAGACCACCAUCCACCAGAUAGCAGCCCAGAAAGAAGAUGAUGCCAAAGCCCUCCGAGUCCAGAUUGACAGGCUACAGAGGGAGAAUAGAGACCUGAAAGACGAAAUUGUCCGUCUCAACGAUGCUGUUUUGAAUACGACGGAUCAGCGGAGGAGGGCAGAAGAAAAUGCCCUGCAGCAGAAGGCUUGUGGCUCGGAGUUGGCGCAACAGAAGCAGCAGAUGGAGCUGGAGAUGAAGCAGAUUAUUCAACUGCGCAACGAGGACAAUGCAAGGUAUAAGCAGGCGCUUGAGGAUGCCGCUUUGACCAUCCAAGACAAAACCAAGGAGCUUGAGAGAUUAAAGAUUCAACUGAAGGAAGAGGCUAAAAGCCGAUGGGAACUUGAAAAUGAGUUGGCUAAGGUAAGGAACAGUUAUGAUGAGGAAAUUAUUAGUUUAAAGAACAAGUAUGAGACUGAGAUUAAAAUCACAAAGACCACAAUUAAUCAGGUGUCUGCGCAGAAAGAAGAGGAGACCAAUAGUUACCGAGCUCAGCUUGACAAUGUCAUAAGAGAAAAUAGGAGCUUGUGUGAGGAAAUUAGGAGACUGAAGAACACAAUAAGUCAGACAACAGAGAACCUUAGACAAGUGGAAGAAAGUGCUCACCAACAGAAAGCCCAUGGCUCAGAGAUCUCGCAAAAGAAACAGCAGCUUGAAAUUGAGCUAAAGCAGACUGUUCAGAAAUACUCAGAAGAGACCAUGCGUUAUAAGCAGUCUCUUGACGAUGCCGGAAGGACAAUUAAGGAGAAAAAUAAAGAGAUUGAAAAGAUGAGAAAGCUGUUAGAAGCAGAAACAAACCAGAGGAAAUCCAUGGAGGAGGAAAAUAUUCGAUUGCAAAGAGUCCAGUAUGACCUGGAGAAAGUCAACAUCAAUGCAACAGAGACUAUCAGCAGGUUGAAAGCUCAAGAGCAGGAGUUGGGGCGGCUCAAAAGUGAAUAUGAAAGACUUGCCCAAGACAAAAAAGGGAAAGAUCAAGAGAGUACAAGGCUCCAGAGCACAAUGAAAGAACUGCAGCAUCAGAAACACCAGCUGGAGGAGGAGCUUAAUAGGCAGUCUAGAAUUAUAGCGGAAGAAACAUCCAAAAAGAAGAAAGUAGAAGAAGAGUUAGAAUCCAUGAGGAGGUCGUUCAGAGAGCAAACUGUUAAAAUCACAAACCUCACUCAGCAGAUAGAGGAGGUCUCGAUCGUGAAGAAGCGGAGUGAAGAUGACUUGAGGCAUCAGAGAGAGGUGCUAGAUAGUCACGUGAGAGAUAAGCAGAGAUACAUGGAGGAGAUCAGGAAGUACACCUCUGAGGUUGAAACUUUGCGUCGCCAAAUGGUCCAAGAGCAGGACAAUCUGAAACAGGCUCAUCUGCGCAAUGAGCACUUGCAGAAGGCGGUUGAGGAUAAGAGCAAAAGCCUCAAUGAGUGCAAGAUAGAAAUCGAAAGACUUCAGUCUCUUACUGAGAACCUUACAAAAGAACACUUGAUGCUAGAGGAAGAGCUGCGCAAUUUAAGAUUGGAGUAUGAUGAUCUCAGAAGGGGCAGAAGUGAAGUGGAUGAGGAAAAAAAUGCCACCAUAAUUGAACUAAAGAGCCAACUACAAACAAGCAGCAAGCAUGCCCUGGAACUCCAGGGUCUGAUAAAUGGUUUGCAGAAAGAAAGGGACAAUUUGAGACAGGAAAUUGAAAAAAUCCAAAAGCAGGCUCUGGAGGGAUCCCAUAGGAUUCAAGAAUCCAAAAACCAGUGUAAUCGUAUCAUGCAAGAACGAGAAACGCUGCUGAUAAAAAUAAAUGCCCUGGAACAAGACAAAGCAAGAUUGCUGAGGUUAGAGGAAGAGCUGAAUCGGGCCAAAGCCUCGCUAGAGUCAGAAACUCGCUUGAAAGUACGGCUGGAGAAUGAGAAGCAGCAGAUCCUGAAUGACUUAAACCAGUGGAAGUGCCAGUGUUCACGGAAGGAAGAGACAGUCAGGAAGAUCGAAAGCGAAAAAGACAAGAGUGAUAGGGAGAAGAGUGCCUUGUUGGUAGAAAUUGAGAGGCUGCAGGCAGAGAUUAAGAGGAUUGAAGAACGGUAUCGGUGCCGGUUGGAAGAAACUAGCAGGAAGAGUCAUUCAGAGAUGGAGGCGGAGCGCCUGAGAUUGCAAAAGGAAAUUGAGAAGCUGAAGCAGCGUCCACACGGGGCCCACAGAACCACCCAGACAGAAGAGGACUUUGUAAUUGACCCUUGCAAAUUGCUUUUCACUGGCCUGCGGAAAAAAAUAACUGCUGUCCAACUGUACGAAUGCCAACUGAUAGACAAAUGCACCCUGGAUAAGCUGCUGAGAGGGCAAAAGUCCGUGGAAGAAGUGGCUGCUGAUAUCGAACCCUUCCUAAGAGGAGCUGGGGCUAUAGCCGGAGCCUCCCUUAACCCCAAGGAGAAGUAUUCUUUGGUGGAGGCAAAACGGAAGCAGCUUCUUACCCCAGAAAACACAGUUCUGCUGUUGGAAGCCCAGGCAGCUACUGGAGGUCUGAUUGAUCCCCACCGGAACGAGCUGAUGCUGACUGUGGACAGUGCUGUGGCUAGAGACCUGAUCGAUUUUGAUGACCGGGAGCAAAUCUACACAGCUGAAAAGGCCAUCACUGGGUUUAAAGAUCCCUUUUCAGGGAAAACAGUGCCUGUGGCAGAAGCCAUCAAGAAAAAUCUGGUUGAAAGGGAUAUUGGGAUACGUCUACUCGAAGCCCAAUUGGCUGUGGGAGGGAUAGUUGACCCUAUCAACAGUGUCUUCUUGCCAAAAGACGUUGCUUUAUCUCGUGGGGUGAUUGAUCGAGACUUGUUCAGAGCCCUCAAUAAUCCUUCAAAGCCCUUAAUUGAUCCUGUCACUAAGAAGGCCAUAAGUUACAUGAAGCUGAGGGAAAAAUGCAGAAUUGAACCACACACGGGUUUACUUAUCCUCCCUGUGCAGAAGAGAAGCAUGUCAUUCCAAGGGAUCAGGAAGCCCAUUCCUGUUUCCGAAUUGGUUGACGCUGGUAUCAUUCGGGAAUCUACAGCAAACGAUCUAGAAACUGGGGUAAUCACAGUUGAAGAAGUUACUGACCGAAUCAAAGAUUUCCUCCAGGGCUCCAGCUGCAUAGCUGGUAUUUAUAAUGAAGCCACCAAGGAGAAGCUGGGCAUUUACCAGGCCAUGAAAAUAGGCUUGGUGAGACCAGGGACAGCUCUUGAGCUUCUGGAAGCCCAGGCAGCCACUGGAUUUGUGGUGGAACCUGUUAGCAAUUCGAGGCUUACUGUGGAAGAAGCUUACAAAAGAGGCCUAGUUGGGAUAGAGUUUAAAGAGAAACUUCUGUCUGCCGAAAGAGCAGUCACUGGGUAUAAAGACCCAGAAACGGGAAACAUCAUCUCCUUGUUCCAAGCAAUGAAUAAGGAACUCAUUGAGAAAGGCCACGGGAUUCGUUUGCUGGAGGCCCAGAUAGCCACUGGUGGGAUCAUCGACCCCAAGGAAAGUCAUCGUUUGCCAGUCCGCACAGCAUACCAACGCGGUUACUUCAAUGAAGAGCUGAAUGACAUUCUCUCUGAUCCCAGUGAUGAUACCAAAGGGUUUUUUGACCCCAACACAGAAGAAAACCUGACUUACUUGCAGUUGAAAGAAAGAUGCAUGAUAGAUCCAGGAACUGGGCUCUGCCUCUUGCCCUUGAGAGAGAAGAAGAAGGUGGUGCAGACUUCACAGAAAAACACACUUCGGAAACGCAGGGUUGUCAUUGUCGAUCCAGACACAGGCAAGGAGAUGUCAGUCCAAGAGGCGUACAACAAAGGCCUCAUAGAUUAUGACACUUACCUGGAGCUUUCUGACCAGGAAUGUGAAUGGGAAGAGAUAACUAUUACAGGAUCAGAUGGGAGCACAAGAGUAGUGCUUGUUGAUCGAAAAACAGGCCACCAGUAUGACAUCCAAGAUGCCAUUGAUAAAGGUCAUGUUGACAAGAAAUUUUUGGACCAGUACCGUUCUGGAUCAUUAAGCCUCACGCAAUUCGCAGACAUGGUUGCUAGCAGAAAUGGUGGCGAUGAAGUUUUCAGGCAAGAAUCCAUCACUAGAUCUCCCACCGUAGUGAGUGUCAAGAGUUCCAGCCUGGUGUUAAAGAGCAGCUCUGGCUCCUUUUCUGAAUCACUGGAGGAAACCUCUCCCAUUGCAGCUAUCUUUGACACAGAGAAUUUGGAGAAGAUCACCAUUUCGGAAGCCGUGCAACGGGGCAUUGUCGACAGCAUCACUGCCCAGCGUUUGCUUGAAGCCCAGGCUUGCACAGGAGGCAUAAUAUGCCCUACCACAGGCCAGCGGCUUUCCCUUCAAGAUGCAGUUGCCCAAGGCGUAAUUGACCAUGAGAUGUCCACUCGGCUGAAGCCAGCUCAGAAAGCCUUCAUAGGGUUUGAAGGCAUCAAGGGUCGCACGAGAAUGUCAGCAGCAGAGGCGGUGAAGGAAAAAUGGCUGCCUUAUGAGGCUGGCCAGCGCUUCCUUGAGUUCCAGUUUAUCACAGGAGGUCUCAUUGACCCUGAAGUCCGGGGAAGAAUAAGUACAGAAGAAGCCAUUAGGAAAGGAUUGAUUGAUGGCCGGACCUCCCAAAGAUUACAAGACACCGGCAACUAUGCCAAAAUUUUGACCUGUCCCAAAACAAAGCUGAAGAUCUCCUACAAAGAUGCAAUGAAUCGCUCUAUGGUGGAAGACAAAACUGGGCUCAGGUUACUAGAGGCUUCCUCUGUAUCCUCCAAAGGAAUAUCCAGCCCAUAUAACGUCUCCUCGGCCCCAGGCUCCCGCUCAGGCUCUCGUUCAGGCUCGCGCAGUGGAUCGAGGAGAGGAAGCUUUGAUGCAAGCACAAAUUCUUCAUAUUCCUACUCCCAUACAUUCGUCAGCAGUAGCUCGCUUGGCCGCUAGAAAUCAACCAGCAAGCUUAUCUGAAUUUUCAUCUUCAAGAAUCUGCAUUCCUUUCUGUUUAAACAAAACAAAAAUAAAAAGAACUGGUUGGUGGCAAUAUUAGUAUUUGCUUGGGUGAAAUAGCUAAGCUGCAGAAUAAAAGCUAAACCCAAACAUAAGCUGGAAGGGGUGCUGUGUUUCUGCAUAUUUUUUAAAAAUAAUUGUCUAAUGUUUUGGGGUUGCAGACUUGUGCAAAAUGUAACAAAGCAUGUAUUUCCUCUUUUUUUAAAAAAAGAAUAGCUUGCAUUUUGCAUCUUUUCCUUGUGUUUUGUAUAUUCUUUCUUUUCUUCCAUUAGUCACACGCUGCUGCAUAUUAUUAGGUCAGGGUUCAUGUUGGUUUUGUAUCACUGUCAGAUUUUUUUUAAAAGAACACCUCUUGUUGUCAGUGUGGGUGUUGCAGUGCACAGUGAUGAGGAUCUAUUCAUCUCCAACAGAUGUUAUACUUGAUUGUGCUAGGCUAUUUUCUUAGUCACUUCACAGUUUAUUGGGGUAGAGUUGUUAGAAUGCACUUCUCUUUUGCGGCAGCCCAUAAUUUCUAUUCAUUUUUGCUUGCUUGUUUUCUGUGUAAUGCCAUAGAGACCUGACUGCAUAACAUUUACUAUUCUGGCAAUAAAAGUUUAACCACCUUUGA